UCUAGCAGCCAGUCUUUGCCCUUCCCUUUGGAUACUAUGACUUCUGAAUGUGCCCCCAAAAGUGAUACUCCUGAUUCUUGUUCUGGGGCAUCAGACUGUCCCUCUAUUUCAACUUGUUCUACUGAGAUUCCCUGUCCCCCAAGUACUGGGGUAGCAUCCAGAUGCCAAACUCCAACCUUCUCCAGGUCCUGCCGACCUACAAGUCGCCUAACAACUUCCUACAUACCUGGGAGCUGUAACAUCCCUUACUUUGUGGGCAGCUGUGGUUGGGGUGAGGAAGGAGCCUUCAACAGCAAUGAGAAAGAGACCAUGCAAUUCUUGAAUGACCGCCUGGCCUGUUACUUGGAGAGAGUUCGAGGUCUGGAACAAGAGAAUGCAGCACUGGAGUGCAAAAUUCGAGAGCAGUGUGAGCUAGAAAUCCCGCUUGUGUGUCCAGACUACCAGUGUUACUUCAACACGAUUGAAAACCUCCAACAAAAGAUUUUGUGUACCAAGGCAGAGAAUUCUAGAAUAGCUGUUCAGAUUGAUAACUUCAAAUUGGCAGCGGAUGACUUUAGAUCAAAGUAUGAGACCGAAUUGUCUCUUCGCCAGAUCAUAGAGGUUGACAUCAAUGGUCUUCGAAAAAUCUUAGAUGACUUGACCUUAUGCAAAUGUGACCUAGAAUCACAAGUGGAGUCUUUGAAGGAGGAUCUGCUCUGUCUCAGGAAAAAUCAUGAUGAAGAAGUUAACUUAUUGAGGGAACAACUUGGGGACCGACUCAGUAUACAGCUGGACACUAGCCCGCCUGUUGAUCUGAACAAGGUCCUGGAUGACAUGAGGUGCCAGUAUGAAGCAGUGGUGGCUGAUAACCGCAGAGAUGUAGAGCAAUGGUUCACCCUUCAGACAGAGGAACUGAAUCAGCAGCAGCUAUCCAGCUCUGAGGAGCUCCAAUGCUGCCAAUCAGAGAUUCUUGAACUGAAGAGGACAGCAAAUGCUCUGGACAUUGAACUCCAGGCACAGCUUGGUUUGAUAGAAUCUUUGGAAUGCACCAAGGCAGAAACAGAGGAACAAUAUACUACACAGCUGGCCCAGAUGCAGUGCCUGAUUGAUAAUGUGGAGUCCCAACUGGCUGACAUACGCUGUGAUCUGGAGCGGCAAAACCAAGAAUAUCAGGUCCUCUUGGACAUGAAGGCGCUACUUGAGUGUGAGAUCACCACCUACCAAAGUCUGCUAGAGAGUGAAGACAGCAAACUUCCCUGCAAUCCAUGUUCUUCAUUGUCUAUUUCUGACAAUACCUGUGAACCCUGCACAGCCUGCUUGAUCUGUACAGUUGAAGGAUGCCAAGUCUGAGUAUCCAGUACCAACAUGUCUCAUCAAGGAAGCAAAAAUUCAACCCAGAGACAAGAAACUGGAUUUGAUCCAUGGACUUCAAAGCACUAAGGCCUUCUCAUAAGGGCUACAAACCUCACCCUCACCUGUUGCCCUCCAAGUAUACUCUUCAUGUUUCUGGGUUUUUUUAUGUAUUUUCUCCUUAAUGACUUUCACAUGUUCUUUGACUAUCUUGUUAAUUUUCAAAGAAAACUCAUUUCAUUUCUUUGACAUGGCUAAUACAGUCUUUAGUGUUGCUCCUUCAUGUAAGUAUUCUCAUGGUGAUUUUUUUAUAAUGUGCCAUUGGGUCUCAGGUGAAUUUUCCAAAUGUCUGCCCAGAUUUCAAAAAAAAAUAUGAUUUCUAAAUGACUGAGAAUAUUCUUUCUAAAAGAGAGCAAAUAAGAGAGAAAAAUUCAAUAAUGUAAAUACAAAGACAAAAAUAAAUGAGGCUUGUCCUCAAAGAGUUCACAUUAGUACAUUUUCUGCUGGAGAGAUAACUCUCUCUCCUG